AUGUAUAAAUCUGAACGACAAAAAGAUAUCACUCAUUCAAAUAGGACCAAAAGAAAUGAACAAAAAAAUUCUGAUAUGUUGAAUAAAGUCUCCAAUGAAAAAUGUCUUGAAACCAAUACGAAUGAAUCGUUAUAUAACAAAAUGGAUAAUUGUAUAAACAAACAAAAUAAUAUAAACAAACAAAAUAAUAUAAAUAGACAAAAUGAUAUAAAUAGCCAAAAUAGUAUAGGUAGCCAAAAUAGUAUAGGUAGCCAAAAUAGUGUAGGUAGCCAAAAUAAUAAAAAUCACAAAAAAUGUGUUAAUAAAAGUAGGCAAAAAUAUAAUAAGAUAGAGAGAAAAAAAAAAAAAAAUGCGAGUAGUUUAUUGGGAGAUAAUUGUGUGCAAGAAACAGAGGAUACUCACCAUGAAAAAAUUUUAAAUGACGAUUGUUUAAAUAUGGAACAGAAUAAAGAAAUUGUAAAUGAUCAUUUGAAGGAAAUCGAAAAAAAAAAUAGCGAUAAUGAAAUUAAAGCAGAUAUAAAUGAUGAAAAGUUACAGUUGGAAAGGGAUUAUGUCAUAGAAGCUGCUGAUCAAAAUAAAGAUGCCUUAUCAUUGUGUGCUUGUGUAGAGGAGGAUAGAAAGAAGUAUGUGACAAAAGAGAAAGUAAAUGAAAAGGAUAUGGAAUAUGAUAAAGAUGAAAAAGAUAUGGAAGGUGAUAAAAAUGAAAAGGAAAUGGAAUAUGAUCAAGAUGAAAAAGAUAUGGAAGGUGAUAAAAAUGAAAAGGAAAUGGAAUAUGAUCAAGAUGAAAAAGAUAUGGAAGGUGAUAAUAAUAAAAAGGAUAUGGAAUAUGAUCAAGAUGAAAAAGAUAUGGAAGGUGAUAAUAAUAAAAAGGUUAUGGAAUAUGAUCAAGGUGCAAAAGAUAUGGAAGGUGAUAAUAAUAAAAAGGUUAUGAAAUAUGAUCAAGGUUCAAAAGAUAUGGAAGGUGAUAAUAAUGAAAAAGAUAUAACAUGUGAUAAUAAUAUUACACUUAACAAUAACAUUCCUAUUAAUAAUUUCAAUGAUAAUAAUAUAGUGUGUAAUUAUAACCAUAGAGAUACGAUAGAAGAAGCUGAUAAUAAUUAUGCUGUAGAGAAUAUUACACAAGUGAAUAAUAUUGAUGAAAUAAAAUUAAAAAGAAAAAGAAAAAGAAAAAAUAAUUUUUCUGAAUAUAUACAAGAAGAACGAGAAGAUAAUUUUAUAAAAGAUAAAAAUUAUAAUGCAUUGAAAACCCUUAAGGAUAGUAAAAGAAUCCUUCUUAAUUGUAAUAAAUAUAUAGAGGAUAAUAAUAUGUAUAAAAUAGAAGAUAAUGUCCAGAAUAAUAAUGCGUGUGGAAAUUUAUUAUGUGAAGAAAAAUGUAAUAAUUAUAGACAAAUAGGUAAAAAUGAAAAGAAUGAAAAAAAUGACAAAUAUGAUGAUAGUAGAAAGGAUAAUACCGAUAUAUGUAACAAAAUAAAUUUACCAAGAGUUUAUGAUAAUAUUAUCCAGAGUGAUAGUAACAAUUUAAAUAAAUAUAAAGGUUCUUCUUUUGCUUUAAUUAUACAUGAGAUAUCUGAUUUGCUAUCAUUAAUAACAACGGUAGAUAAAAGUAAAAAUAAAAAUAAAAUAAAGCUAGUUAAUAUUGGACAUCAAUUGAAUACUCUUAUGAGAUCACAUUAUGAACGUAUUUAUGAUUGUGAUAAUUCUCUUGUUUGCACUAUAAAUAAAAUAAAAAAAUUGUAUAAAUGUUAUACAAGUAUGGAGGAAAAAUAUUUAAAAAAAAAAAAAAAGCAAAAUAUAAAUAAGAUAGAAAACGAGAACCUUGGAGGUAAUAAUGACGAGGAAGACCCUAAUGAUGGAAUUAAUAUAUCACAUGACGAUUUAUUAAAUGAAGAAACAAAUAAUAUAGAUAAUAAUAUUAAAAAUGAUAUAUAUAAAUAUACAAUACAACAUAAUAAUAAUAAUAAUAAUAAUAAUAAUGAAAAAUUAAUUCAAGAUCCUUUUUUUCAAAAUGAGUUUAUACAAGGAAUAGAUAAUUACAUAAAUCAAAAGGAUGAAACCGACUGUCAUGACAAUAUAAAAGAUAAAAUAGAUACACUCAAUUGUUAUAUAAAUCAAAAAUUAAAUAUGGGUUGUCAGAGUAUUUUUAUUGAAAAAGGAGAUUAUAAAAAGGUUUUAAAUGAGAUGGGUGAGAAGGUAAUCUAUGAGGAAAAUAAAAAAGAUAAUCACGAGGGAAAUAAAAAAGAUAAUCACGAGGAAAAUAAAAAAGAUAAUCACGAGGAAAAUAAUAUAGUGGAUAAUAUAAAAAUAAACGAUGAUAAUAAAACAAUGGAUAAUAUAAAAAUAAAUGAUGAGAAUAAUACAAUGGAUAAUAUAAAAAUAAAUGAUGAGAAUAAAACAAUGGAUAAUAUAAAAAUAAAUGAUGAGAAUAAAACAAUGGAUAAUAUAAAAAUAAAUGAUGGGAAUAAUACAAUGGAUAAUAUAAAAAUAAAUGAUGAGAAUAAUACAAUGGAUAAUAUAAAAAUAAAUGAUGGGAAUAAUACAAUGGAUAAUAUAAAGAAAAGUAUUAUUAAAAAUAUUGGAAGUAUGGAAUCUAAAUCCACUGCUGUCACUUAUAAAGAAUGUGAGUUAUCAUUAAAAGAAGGAAAUGAAGAAUAUAUUGAGUAUUUAAAAAAAAAGAAAAAAAUUCUUAAUGAAUUAGACAAAUGCAAUUCUCAUUUUUUUUUUACAUAUUUUCAUAAAGGCGAACUUAUUGAAUAUCUGCAUAACCAAAUCAAUAUGCACAUUGUAGAGUUUGAUAAAGUAUACCAAUUAUAUAUAUCACAUUGA